GAGGAUGUCGGGACAUCAAGAUGUCCGCGCUCGUUUGAAAACCUGCCGUAGCCAAAAUGUUAGUUUGACAUUUCAAUGCUUCAUAUACGUUUUUAAACUUGGCGUUUGCUUCAGUAAAAACGUGAAGCCGAAGCUGCACAUAUAGUUAUAUCAGGACGCGACGACAAAGGACAGUAUAUUCCUUAUUAUCAGAAAUAAUGCUGAAAUCUGAAACUCAUGUCGGAAGUCGUGUAUGAAGAGACAGUCACGAUGAUUGCCGCAGGGGAAUUGCAGUCAUUUAUCCCGUUUGGCCGUGAGCACUGCAGGAACCAUCCCAACGCCUUCAACCUGCAGCUUAGAGAGCUCCAGCCUGCCUCAGAGCUCUGGUCGUCUGAUGGUGCCGCUGGCCUGGUGGGGUCCCUGCAAGAAGUCAGUCUGCAUGAGAGAGACAGGGAAUGUUGGCAGCUAAGAAAAGGCUGGGCUGGACUUCAACAGGAGGAUGUAGAUUUUGAAGAGGAACUCUACACAGCUGGAAAUGUUGUUGUUUGGAGUCAAGGCAGCAGUACACAGGCUUCCAGUGUCUAUAAAGCUUUUACUGUAGACAGUCUAGUGCAGAAGGCACUAUGGUGUGACUUUGCUGUUCCACAGACUGAGAAAGAUGCAGAGGAAGAGGUAGAACACACUGUGUGUAUCAUGCAGAGCAGCUGCAUCAAUGUCCACACUGUGACUGGCAAAGAUUUUAUUUCCCCACUGCCUUUUCAGGUCUCCGAUGUUUGGCCAACAAAGUUUGGGCUUGUGUUGGAAAGGAAAAACACAACGUCAGAUUCACAGCUCAACACUCCAUGUGAACCUCUACCCACAGUCUUUAGCAUGAUGCACCCUCUUGAUGAGAUAGCUCCAGUUGUGUGCAAACCAACAGGGAAUCGUGUGCAAUAUGUGUCUGACACUACAAUGAAAAUAGUGUUUAGCUGCCCUGAGCCCUCAAUAAUGGUCUCUUAUGACACUACACAAGGAACUCACUCUGUGUGGGCCCUGCGUAAAGUCACACAGGAUGAGAAGAACACCGUUCUUCGGUGCCCGUCUGAGCUGCCUGUUGGUACCCCCAUUGGUGUGAUGGCUUCUAGUUUUUUAACUUCCCAUUUGCAAAAUAUUUCCCGUUUGGACUCGCCUGGAGGUCCAGGUGGAACUGGGCAUGGCCCCUCAACAGGCCCAAGUUGUGCUGUUGGUACCAGCUCCCCUCUUUACUACAGUGUUCUACAUGGCCACCAGAGCAGGAUUUUGAUGUCCUCUCCGGGAUUUCACUCUCGUGUCAGUUCGCCAAGUAUUUCCAGUAUGGCUGCUUUGAGUCGAGCCCACUCACCAGGCAUGGCAGCUCCCUCUUUUUCGGGCGCAGCGCGAUUCAACGCAUCUUUCCACAGCCCCAACCCCAGAGCACAUGGCUUGUUGCUGUCUCCCAACAGCACAGUGAAUGACACUUUGCUGGUCCCUGAGAUGGAGCCCAUCAUACCAGACCUGUGCCUGGAACAACUGUGGAGUGAACCCAUCUCAGCUGGGAGUCACAGGGAAAUGAGCAGCCAGGCAUCAAAAGUCUUCCUGACAUCGGACCUUUGUGAGAACCAGUACCUGUGUUUGUUGGUUGAGUCCCAUCAACAGCUCAGGUGUGUCAAGUUUAUUGAAAGCAAUAAUGAUGCGUCUCAGUUUAUUUUUGCUUCAGUCACUGCCAUUCCUGCCAAAGACGCAGCUCCUCUUGAGAACAUAGAUGCAAUGCUGGUCCUGGAGGCCUGUGGGAGCCUGGUGCUUUACACUGGGGUCACCAGGAUCAGUAAAGUGUUUGUCCCAGGACUCCUGGGUCCUACCUUCAGCAUGUCCAACCAUAGCUCCCAUCUCACACCAGGCCCAGGGGACAAUGUCAGUACACCUGCUAAUGCAGGAAGCAGACAUCUCCAAAGACUGGAUGAGGCAGUGAUGCCUUCUCCAGUGUCUGAACUGAGAAGGCCUCAUAUUAAGCAUCAUGAAGCUUCAUUUAUGGAUGACUUCUCCUUCCAGCAAGCAACGUGUCACAUCAGGGCUCUGAGAGACCCUGUGUGCAACAGAGUUUCUCUAGAACUAAGCAAUGGCACAAUACUAAGGAUAUCCAUCCCAGAGAUUGCUACUUCUGAACUUGUAAGAAAAUGCCUUAAGGCCAUUCGCUUCAUCCUUCCUAAAGAAGCUGCUAUGAAAGUUUUGGUGAAGUGGUAUACCAUUUACAACGCUCCAGGUGGUCCUAGUACUCAUUCAGAGUGGAACAUGUUUGUCACGUGUUUCAUGACACUUAUGGGAUACAACACUGAGCGGCUGGUGUGGACUCGAAACCUUCAAUUUGAAGUGCCCCUCUCUCCUGUGAUUGCUGCCAAGAAGGCUCGCCCUUCUGACGGAGGCUCCGAUGAGGAUUGGGACUAUUUGCUGGGUUCUCACUAUCAUCGCCAAAUGAUUUCACAGCCAGUUUUUGCAUCACCAGAGUCUGUGUCUUCUGCCACUGGUCCAGCUCCAAAGUUGGACAGUUCAGCUCCACUUUUCCCUCACAUUCCAGCUCUUUUCUAUGUUCUGCAUUUGAUCUAUCAGGAGCUUCUGCUGGAUGAGCUGCAGAGAGCCAGUGCAUCGUCACUGCUCUGUCUGCUGCAGCAGCUGGCCCGGGACCUUCAAUUAGAUUCAUAUGUGGAUCUGUAUUGGAGAGACUACCCUUCAUUAAUUAGAUGCUUCAAUGAGAGUUGCCUCGUAGACCAGGGUCCAAAUAAUCAAAUGCAUCGUCCAUCCUUUUUGAGAGAGGACCCGCCCUGUGUGUUCAACUGGCUCAGCAGCUGUUUAAAAGGAGAGGAGGUGCCCCCUUUUCCCUACCUGCCCAACAUCUGUCAGAGGACGAAGCUGAUUGUUUUGAGUUACGCUCUGUACAUCACUGGAGAUGAAAAUGCAACAUCGACGCAUAUGUCCAAAUAUCUCACCAAACUCUCUGCUGUUAAAGGUCAUAAGUUCAGCAACGAGCCUCACUACAGACGACAAAGUAGUGUACAUAUGAAGUUUUCCUCAGAGAGUUUGGCUGAGCAGUUGGUAGUCUGGCUCACUUCUGAAGCUUUCACCCUAAAAGAUCUAGAGUCUGUUCCUUUUGGUGUCGCGCUUCCUAUUAGAGAAGCAAUUUACCGCUGCCGUGAGCAACCGUGUUCCGAUUGGUCAGAAGAAGUCUGUUUAUUGAUCGGGCGUCAGGAUCUCACGAAACAAGCCCACAAGAUGACUUUGGCCAAGAGCAAAACGUCUGUGGGGUCUGGCCUGUCGUUGGAGCCUCCAGCCUCUACAGAAGCAGACGGAGAGGAGGAUGGAAUGUCAGAUAUAAUUCAUGAGGUGACAGGACUGAUCUGGAGUCAAGACCUCCGAGUCCAGGAAGUGAGGAGGCUUCUGCAGAGCUCCAGACCAGUGCGGGUCAGCGUGGUACAGUUGCCUGAAGUUUCAGACCAUGAAUACAUAGAGGAAAAGGAAAACAAACUUCUACAGUUGUGCCAACGGACCAUGGCUCUUCCUGUUGGACGAGGCCUGUUUACUCUCUUUUCUUACCAUCCCGUCCCAACAGAGCCAUUACCUGUGCCAAAACUCAAUCUCACUGGACGAGCCCCUCCCAGAAACGCCAUGGUUGAUCUGAAUAGUGGAAACAUGGAUGUUCCUCCCAAUAUGACGAGUUGGCCCAGUUUUCAUAAUGGAGUCGCUGCUGGCCUCAAAAUAGCUCCAGCCUCACAGGUGGACUCAGCCUGGAUAGCGUACAACAAACCAAAAAGCCCAGAGUUGGCCAAUGAGUAUGCAGGUUUUCUUAUGGCGCUCGGGCUCAAUGGUCACCUGACAAAGUUGGCCACACUCAACAUACAUGACUACCUCACAAAGGGCCAUGAGAUGACCAGCAUUGGGCUCUUACUGGGCGUGUCGGCAGCCAAACUGGGCACUAUGGACAUGUCUGUCACACGACUGCUGAGUAUCCACAUCCCUGCUCUUCUGCCACCCACCUCCACAGAACUGGACGUCCCUCACAAUGUGCAGGUUGCUGCGGUGAUUGGCAUCGGUCUUGUGUAUCAAGGAACAGGUCAUAGACACAAUGCUGAAGUCUUACUGUCUGAGAUCGGACGACCUCCUGGCCCUGAGAUGGAGUACUGUACUGACAGAGAGUCUUAUUCACUUGCUGCUGGUCUGGCCCUGGGCAUGGUCUGCUUGGGGCAUGGCAGUAACUUGAUUGGCAUGACGGACUUGAAUGUGCCCGAGCAGCUGUAUCAGUACAUGGUGGGGGGUCACCGCAGAGCACAGCCUGGAGCCAGUCGAGAGAGACACAAAUCGCCCAGCUACCAGAUCAAGGAGGGUGACACCAUCAAUGUUGAUGUCACGUGUCCAGGAGCUACACUGUCUCUCGCCAUGAUUUACCUCAAGACCAACAACCGGUCGAUAGCUGAUUGGCUGAAGCCUCCAGACACUUGGUUUCUUCUGGACUUCAUCAAACCAGAGUUCCUGCUGCUGAGGACUCUAGCGAGAUGUAUUAUCAUGUGGGAUGAGAUCCUCCCAAAUGCAGAAUGGGUGAAAAGUAACAUACCUCAGAUUAUGAGGGGGACAUUGCCCUCAGAAGACAUCAACAUGGAGACAAUGACUCAAGCUCAGGACUACAUCACGGCCGGGGCCUGCAUGGCGCUGGGGCUGCGUUUCGCUGGUUCUGCAAACUCUGAUGCUUUUGACUGUCUUUAUGAGUUUGCUCGAACAUUCAUGAAACACAUCAUGACUUUUUCUGGAACAAAUGCUGUGCAGACAGGUUUCUACAAUCUUCAGACUGGACUGUCCAUGAUUCUUCUGGCUAUGUCCAUGGUCAUGGCUGGCACCGGGAACCUGAAAGUGCUGCAGCUUUGCCGUUUCUUUCACAAGCGAACGGGCGGAGAAAUGAACUAUGGGUUUCACAUGGCUCACCACAUGGCUCUGGGUCUGCUCUUCCUCGGUGGCGGAAGGUACAGCCUGAGUACCUCCAAUUCCGCUAUAGCUGCUCUGUUGUGUGCCUUGUAUCCACACUUCCCUGCCCACAGUACAGAUAACCGUUACCAUCUCCAGGCUUUGCGGCACUUGGCAGUUUUGGCCGCUGAGCCCCGUCUCCUUGUCCCAGUGGACGUGGACUCUCUUAAACCCUGCUACGCUCUCCUGGAAGUCACCUACAAGGAAACAAAAUGGUACGAUGAAACAACAGUGGAACUGAUGGCUCCUACUAUGCUCCCUGAGCUUCACCUCCUAAAGCGGGUGAAGGUAAAAGGCCCUCGCUACUGGGAACUGUCAGUGGAUCUCAGUAAAGAGACACAACAUCUAAAAUCUAUCCUGUCCAGAGAUGGAGUGUUGUAUGUCAAACUGCGGGCUGGACAGUUGCCUUACAAAGACGACCCUCAGGGAUGGAAGAGUUUACUUGCUUCAACAGUCAACCAUCGGCUCUCCGGAGCAGGAGCCUUUAAGCCUGGAGCCAUCUCUACACUGACCUCUGACCCUGUUCUGGUGUCGUUUGCCGAGUUGUUUUGUAAAAACUCAGAAGGAAUGAAGCAUAGAGAAGAAACUUUGGUGCUGUUUUCGGCAAUGCUGUAUGAAUGUGUGACGCAGGAAUGUCCGGAGAUGCUGCCCACUUAUAUCGCCAUUGAGCAGGCUGUGGGGGAUCUGCGACAGGGGGCGCUGCUGCAGACGUUCCCCUUGUGGCAGCUGCGCUUGGUGGUGGAGCUCUGGGACAGCCGUCUGCUGCGGGGGUCCGAGAGUCGGCACGCGGCUCUGCUCACCUCAGAGUUCCUCCCCGUUAUGAAAAACAUGGUGGAUGUGAUUUUGGACAAAUGGCUGAAAGACAACGCUGCGGUGGUGAAGUCCUAUAUGACGGGGGAGAGUUUUCCUAAAGAUGUCCAGUGUGUGGUGUUGGCCUGUUUUCUGGUCUACAGGUCCAUCCCCUACAUGAAAAACAGCCACUCUCACCUGGAGGGCUGCAGCUCAAUGGGAGAUUUGAUUUCACGCAGCAGCGAGUUGGGGAUCCCUCUCAGAGACCUGCUGAGGCUGGCUCCUCUGCUCCUCGGCUCCACGGCUGGACUCCCCUCGCUCUUGGGCCUGUGACGGGACGCCGGUGCUGCUCUCCAUGAAGACUUGAGUCAGAAGAUGAUGGAGGUCCAGACAAACUUUGCCUCUAAGAGGUAUUCAGCCACAAACAGAAGCAAUUUGUUUUAAAACAGUAUUUUUGUUAUAUAUUUGUAUGCAUGCUUCUGCACUAUGGUUGCCACUCUUGGUUUUAACCUUUAAAAAUGUUGGUCAGUCCUUUAAACUGUAAAGAAAACACAAAACAAACAUGUCUUGAAUUUAAAUUACUGAAUUUUAAAUAAUGCAAAUACACGUCGUCUUUAGUCCAACUUGGUGUUAAAAAGUAAAUAAAAACAGUCUUGUUAAUCAC